CCUGACUAACCCGAGGCUGGCAGGAAAGGCAAAGGUCAUCUGGGGACCAAGAAAAGGAAAGAGAGAAGGAAAAGCCUAAAAAAUGAGAGAGGAGUAAGUUAAAAAAAAUAUAUAUAUAUAUAAAACACUUUAUCUUCUAAGAGUAAAUUAUGCCGCAGACACCUGUGCUAGGCGCUGUCCUCUGAAUGCUGCUCCCACUUUUCCCCUUUCACUGCUGGGGACAGAAUCCAGAUCUCAUGCAUGCAAGGCACUUUUGCUGCCGAACCUCUUCCCCCAGACUGAAUCCAACAUUUUUGAUUGUUGCUCUAGUUUCAAAUAAAAAAAAAAAAAGACCUAAACCUAAGUUCAGAGAGGCCGAAAACCUUUACUUGGGGGAUCAGAGAGAUAGUACAUCGGGGACAGUAUUUGUCUUGUACACAGAUGAUCUUGGUUAGAUCCCCAGCAUCUCAUAGGGUCCCGGAGCCCAGCCGAGUGUACCUCCCCCACCAAAAAAAAAAAAAAACCUCUACUAAAGAUUAUAAAUGUAGCUAGGGGGUGACUGAGGGCAGGAGUGAUAGUAUAGUGAUUAGGGCGUUUGCCUUGCAAGCAGCCGACCUUGGUUCGAUCUGCAGCAUCCCAUAUGGUCCCCUGAGCACCACCAGGAAUGAUUCCUGAAUGCAGAGUCAGGAAUAGGCUCUGAGCAUUUGCUGGGUGUGGUCCUGAAACAAAACAAAACAAGGGUGGUGGAAUAGAAAAGUGAAAUAAAGGACCCUAAUGCCAGCCCCAUCUGCCUGGUCUCUCUCCCCGCCUCUUCCUUCCUGCCCCACUGGUUAAACCUCUCCCCUCAGUGGCUAUACUUCAAAAACCCACUAACCAGAGAUGGGGACAGAGCCCGCAGAGCAGGUCUCCUGGGGCCCCUACUCCGGGGAAGAUGAGACUGCCUACUUGGACUGGCCCUUGCCAGAGCUCUGUUACAAGGAGGACGUGCAGGCCUUCAGCCGUGCCUUCCAGCCCAGUGUCACGCUCAUAGUGGCUGCUCUGGGCUUGGCGGGCAAUGGCCUGGUUCUGGCCACCCACCUGGCAGCCCAGAAGGCUGCCCGCUCGCCCACCUCUGCCCACCUGCUGCAGCUGGCCCUGGCCGACCUUCUGCUGGCCCUAACCCUGCCUUUUGCUGCAGUGGGGUCUCUGUGGGGCUGGAGUCUGGGGGGCACCGCUUGCCGCCUCAUCUCGGGCCUCUACUCGGCCUCCUUCCACGCCGGCUUUCUCUUCCUCGCCUGCAUCAGCGCUGAUCGUUACGUGGCCAUCGCGCGGGCCCUUCCCUCCGGAUCCAGGCCCUCCUCACCCAGCCGGGCACACUGGGUCACGAGCAUCGUGUGGCUGCUGUCCCUGCUCCUGGCGCUGCCCGCUCUCCUGUACAGCCAGGACAGCCGGCGGGAGGGCCAGCGGCGCUGCCGCCUCAUCUUCCCCGAGGGCCUGACGCAGACGGUGAAGGGAGCGAGCGCGGUGGCGCAGGUGGCCCUGGGCUUCGCGCUGCCGCUGGGCGUCAUGGUCGCCUGCUACGCGCUCCUGGGCCGCACGCUGCUGGCCGCCAGGGGGCCCGAGCGCCGGCGAGCGCUGCGCGUCGUCGUGGCUCUGGUGGCGGCCUUCGUGGUGCUGCAGCUGCCUUACAGCCUCGCCCUGCUCCUGGACACGGCCGACCUCCUGGCGGCGCGGGAGCGGAGCUGCACGGCCAGCAAGCGCAAGGACCUGGCGCUGCUGGUGACCGGGGCCUUGGCCCUGGCGCGCUGCGGCCUCAACCCGGUGCUCUACGCCUUCCUCGGCCUGCGCUUCCGCCAGGAUCUGCGGCGGCUGCUGCGGGGGUCUCACUCGGGCGGCCGCUGCCCCCGCCGGCCCCGCCUCUCUUCCUGCUCGGCUGCCACCGAGACCCACAGUGUCUCCUUCACGGACAACUAGGGCCGCGAAUCCAGAGGAGGGGGCGGGCCGAGGAAGUCA